AUGAGAUUUCGAAUAAUAGGAUAUACACACAUUCAAUUGAACAGCGUUCCCACUGUUUUACUGAGGCUGUGGGGACGUGCCGGGAUUGCUCCUGAUCGCGUCGAUACUUUCAUGAGAUAUGGCAUUACAGGAGUCGAUAAAUGUAUUCUAUGUCAGAUAUGUGUGAUGUCAAGUUGUGAAAUAGUAUUUAAGCCUGCCGGUAGAUGGCUUGAGGUAAUUUUGGACAUAUUCCCGCGAAAUAAGCAUGUUACAUCGGCGCAAGAGUUAAUCGACGCCUCUUAUGGGUUCUCAGGUGAAAUAUUGGACUUCGGACAUCAGAUAGCUUACCGUCCAAGAGCUUCUAGCGUUACACGUGAUGGUCUAUUGAUGGCGCGUGUUUUAAGAUGGGGCUAUAGGUUGUAUAGGGCUAUUGUUAAUGACUGUACCGAAGAAUUGAAGAUCGAGACAAAAGAUAUAUUUUUAUAUAGUGUGAAAGCGGCGAAGUGGAAUAGCGAUUCUUUGAUGACUUUGUGUCGUUGUUACCUUUUACAUUCCGGACAAUUAGAUUUAUUAGGGGUGGGAACAAAUUCAACUGUAUAUUUACAUUAUUCCGAUAAAUUUCACGAUUAUAUGAUGGCGAACAAACAAUUUGAUCAUUAUAAUAUAUAUAACCUUACUAUACAAUGGUACCAGAUUCAUAACAUUAAAUAUCCUAGGGUGACGAACGGCACGGUACCUCCUUGA